AUGCGUCCCGGUCUCCCCAUUCCCCGAUCUCUCGUCUACAGCGCCACAACACGACACGGCUUCCACUCCUCCCAAUCGCUACAGCAACAAAAACAACCGCAACAACAAAAACAACAACAACAACAACACGUCCAAGGUACCCCUCGACCCUUGGCUACCCAAACGUCUCUCAUCACCGGGGCCUCCCGCGGCAUCGGCGCCGCCAUCGCCCGCCGUUUCGCCUCCGAGGGCGUCCGCUGUAUCCUCGCCGGACGCAACGAAUGCCUGCUAGAGCAGGUGAAGGACGAACUGGACGAGCCACAGGGUGGCCACCGGGUUGUCGUUGGCGAUGUUGCGGAGGGGGCGUUCUGGGAGGGGCUGAAGAGGGAGAAGAUCGAUAUCCUCGUUAAUGCCGCGGGCAUCACGCACUACUCGCCUCUCUUCGUGACCAGUACGCCGCUGCUUGAGAGCGUGAUGCGCACGAAUCUCAUGGGGACCAUGAUGGGGUGUAGGGCGGUGGGGAAGGGGAUGAUGGCCAGGAAAGGAGGCUGUAUCAUCAACGUGGCAUCACUUUUGGGCAUCAAAGGGGGCAAGGGCAGUUCUGCAUACGCGGCAAGCAAAGCCGGGGUUGUCGGCUUGACACGAGCAUUGGCAGCCGAGCUAGGCGAGAAGAACGUCCGUGUGAACGUCAUCCUCCCCGGCUACAUCGAGACGGACAUGACAGAUGCCAUGACCCCAAUGGCUCGAUCAGAUGCCCAAAACUCCAUUCCCUUGAGACGUUUCGGAAAAGUCGCCGAAAUCGCCGAUGCCGCCGUCUUCCUGGCUACGAACCAAUAUGCAAAUAACUGUGUGCUGAAUCUUGAUGGUGGAUUGAGCGCCGUAUGA